AUGAGAGGCGAAGUUCCUAUACAUAUUCUUCUGGUCUCUUUUCCAGCACAAGGACACAUAACUCCUCUUCUUCGACUAGGAAAAUGUCUUGCUGCAAAAGGAGCCUCUGUGAUUUUCAGCACAACAGAAAAAGCAGGCAAAACCAUGCAAACUUCUAAUAGCAUCACUGACAAAUUAGCUAUUCCAAUUGGCGAUGGCUCUCUCACUUUCCACUUCUUUGACGAAGGUUUACUAGACGGUGAUGCCACUAGAACAGCCUUCGAGCACAGUGCACAAGUUGAGCUUGCAGGGACAAACUUCAUUUCUGAAAUGAUCAAGAAUCACGCUGAUUCAAACAACCCGAUUUCUUGCAUCAUAACCAACCCGUUUUUCGCAUGGGUUUCUGAUGUUGCUGCUCAACAUGAUAUUCCUUGUGCUUUAUCAUGGAUUCAUUCCAGUGCUGUUUUUGCAGCUUACUAUAACUAUGCCCAUAAAUUGGUACCUUUCCCUACGGUUGAAGAACCCUAUAUUGAUGUUGAAUUGCCUUUUGUAGUUCUUAAAUACGAUGAAAUCCCAGAUUUUAUACAUCCUUUUAAUCAAUAUCUGUUUCUAGGGGACCUCACCAUAAAACAGAUGAAGGACAUGUCUAAGGUGUUUUGUGUAUUGGUGGAUACCUGUGAAGAGCUGGAAUCUGAUAUCAUUGAUUAUCUUUCGAAUAUACCAAUCCCUGUAAGAUCCAUUGGUCCUUUGUUUAGGAACCCAAUAAUUAAACAAGUAAGCAAUGUUCGUGGUGAUUUUGGCAAAAGCGACGACGAUUCUGCUAUUAUAGAGUGGCUUAACACAAAGCCGAAAGGUUCCGUGGUCUAUAUAUCUUUUGGGACUGUGGUGGACCAUCCUCAGGAGCAAGUGAAUGAAAUUGCAUAUGGGUUAUUGGAGGCUAAAGUUUCGUUUCUGUGGGCCAAAAAAAACCAUGUUUUCCCUGAUGGAUUCUUGGAGGAAACAAGCGGGAGAGGGAGAGUUGUCAAAUGGAGUCCACAAGAGCAAGUACUUGCUCAUCCUUCCACAGCGUGUUACAUGACACAUUGUGGUUGGAAUUCUACCAUGGAAGCAAUUGCUUUAGGUGUUCCGGUGUUGGCGUUUCCAUCGUUUGGUGACCAUCUUACAAAUGCCAAGUUUUUGGUUGAUGUUUUUGGGGUAGGGGUUAAAAUGGGUUCCAAUGGUGCUGGCAGUGCUAGUAACUUGGUAACAAGAGAUGAGGUGAGCAAGUGCUUAUUGGAAGUAACAACGGGAGAAAAGGCAGAAAAGUUGAAGAAAAAUGCAAUCAAGUGGAAGAAGGUGGCGGAGGAUGCGGUGGCCGUAGGUGGUUCCUCUGAACGAAAUCUCGAUGCAUUUAUUGAAGACAUUAAGAAAUAUCAAAAUCUUAAUUAG